GUCUCGGGGAAGAGCGAAAAAAAGACGCACCCGGAAGCGGAGGGAGGGCACUUCCGGUCGCCCUGAGGGGAAGCGGCGCUCUCUCCCGCUCUCCCCCUCGGAGCCUCGGUGCAAGGUCCCUUUAAGGCGACGUCUCCUUCCGCGCGGGUCCGACGAGACGAGACGAGGCGGCGGCGGCGGCGACGGCGACGACCAUAACAGCAUGGCGGACACCGACCUGUUUAUGGAAUGUGAGGAGGAGGAGCUGGAGCCGUGGCAGAAGAUUAGUGAUGUCAUCGAGGAUUCUGUAGUUGAAGAUUAUAAUUCAGUGGAUAAAACAACUACAGCUGGCAAUUCUUUGGUCCAACAAGGUGGACAGCCUCUCAUCUUAACCCAGAAUCCAGCCCCAGGUCUGGGCACAAUGGUUACUCAGCCAGUAUUGAGGCCUGUCCAGGUCAUGCAAAAUGCCAACCACGUCACUAGUUCCCCUGUGGCCUCACAACCAAUAUUCAUCACCACGCAGGGAUUUCCUGUGAGAAAUGUGCGGCCUGUACAAAAUGCCGUGAAUCAGGUUGGGAUUGUGCUGAACGUACAGCAAGGCCAAACGGUUAGACCAAUUACACUAGUCCCAGCCCCAGGUACUCAGUUUGUUAAGCCGACAGUCGGAGUCCCACAAGUGUUCUCUCAGAUGACCCCGGUGAGGCCGGGCUCCACCAUGCCUGUGCGCCCCACCACCAACACCUUCACCACCGUCAUCCCGGCCACGCUCACCAUCCGAAGCACCGUCCCCCAGUCCCAGUCCCAGCAGACCAAGUCCACCCCCAGCACCUCCACUACCCCCACGGCCACACAGCCGACUUCCUUGGGGCAGCUGGCUGUCCCGCCUCCGGGCCAGUCCAACCAGACCCCAAAUCCCAAACUCGCUCCCUCCUUCCCCUCUCCGCCUGCAGUGAGCAUCGCCAGCUUUGUCACCGUGAAGCGACCUGGUGUUACAGGGGAAAACAGCAACGAAGUGGCCAAGCUGGUGAAUACCCUUAACACCAUUCCUUCCUUGGGCCAGAGUCCUGGGCCGAUGGUGGUAUCCAACAACAACUCUGCCCAUGGCUCUCAAAGAACCAGUGGACCCGAACCUCCCUUGAAAGUGACCUCUUCUGUCCCAGUGUUUGACCUUCAAGAUGGUGGACGGAAAAUAUGUCCUCGGUGUAAUGCUCAAUUCCGUGUCACUGAAGCUUUGAGAGGUCACAUGUGUUAUUGUUGCCCAGAAAUGGUUGAGUACCAGAAGAAAGGAAAGCCUCUGGAUUCCGAAUCUAGCGUUCCAUCCACAGCGAAGCCCCCAUCGCCUGAGAAAUCUGCUCCUGUGGCUUCCACACCUUCGUCUACUCCUAUUCCCGCUCUCUCCCCACCGACCAAAGUACCAGAGCCAAAUGAGAACGUGGGUGACACUGUCCAGACCAAGCUCAUCAUGCUAGUCGAUGACUUCUACUAUGGACGGGAUGGUGGCAAGGUGGCGCAGCUCACGAGCUUCCCUAAGGUCGCGACGUCGUUCCGAUGCCCACACUGUACCAAGAGACUGAAAAACAACAUUCGAUUCAUGAAUCACAUGAAACACCACGUAGAGCUCGAUCAGCAGAACGGUGAGGUGGAUGGUCAUACUAUCUGCCAACACUGUUACCGCCAGUUUUCCACUCCCUUCCAGCUCCAGUGCCACUUGGAAAAUGUUCAUAGUCCCUAUGAAUCAACUACCAAGUGCAAGAUCUGCGAGUGGGCAUUUGAAAGUGAGCCACUGUUUCUCCAACAUAUGAAGGACACUCAUAAACCUGGAGAGAUGCCUUAUGUCUGCCAGGUCUGUCAGUACCGCUCCUCGCUCUACUCUGAGGUCGACGUCCAUUUCCGGAUGAUUCAUGAAGAUACCCGGCAUCUCCUCUGCCCUUACUGUUUGAAGGUCUUCAAGAACGGAAAUGCAUUCCAGCAGCACUACAUGCGGCACCAGAAGAGGAAUGUUUAUCACUGCAACAAAUGCCGGCUGCAGUUUCUCUUUGCCAAGGACAAGAUCGAGCACAAGCUUCAGCACCAUAAAACCUUCCGCAAACCGAAGCAGCUAGAAGGCUUGAAGCCAGGCACUAAGGUGACGAUCCGGGCAUCCCGAGGGCAGCCACGGAAUGUCCCCGUCUCUUCCAACGAUGUACCUCCCAGCGCCCUGCAGGAGACGACACCCUUGGCCUCCUGCACAGACCCUCUGCCCGUCUUCCUCUACCCUCCCGUGCAGCGCACUGUCCAGAAGAGAGCCGUCCGGAAAAUGAGCGUCAUGGGCCGCCAAACCUGCCUGGAGUGCAGCUUCGAGAUCCCCGAUUUCCCCAACCAUUUCCCUACCUAUGUGCACUGCUCUCUGUGCCGCUACAGCACCUGCUGCUCUCGCGCCUACGCCAACCACAUGAUCAACAAUCAUGUCCCACGGAAGAGCCCCAAGUAUUUGGCUUUGUUUAGGAAUGCUGUAAGUGGAGUCAAGCUGGCAUGCACGUCCUGUCCCUUCAUUACUUUCAUGGGAGAUGCCAUGGCCAAACAUUUGGUAUUCAACCCCUCUCACCGCUCCAGCAGCAUCCUGCAACGUGGACUGACUUGGAUGUCUCACUCAAGGCACGGCCAGACUCAAGACCACCGAGUACACGACCGGAACUUGAAGAAUAUGUCCCCCCCUCCUCCCUUGCCCUCUAACAAUGCUGCCACUGUGAAAUCUGCGGGGACCACCCCCCCAGCCGAGCCUGAGCCCGAAGAGCUCCCCGCUCGCACGGCUCAGACACUCCCGUCACCAGCCUCGACGACAACCCCUCCCCUGACUCCAACGCCUGCCUCUGCGCCCCCUUCAGCCCUCCCGCCCUCGGCCGCAGAGGAGGUGCCCUGUCUGAACGUGGAGGAGGAGAGCCCCAUUGCCCAGGAAGCUGAGCCAGCCUCGGGCGGUGGGAGCGGCGUCGGCGUCGGCAAGAAGGAGCAGCUGUCCGUGAAGAAGCUCCGCGUGGUGCUCUUCGCCCUGUGCUGCAACACCGAGCAGGCCGCCGAACACUUCCGAAACCCCCAGCGGCGAAUCCGGCGCUGGCUGCGGCGCUUCCAGGCCUCCCAGGGCGAGAGCCUCGAGGGCAAGUACCUGAGCCUGGAGGCGGAAGAGAAGCUGGCCGAGUGGGUGCUGACCCAGCGGGAGCAGCAGCUGCCCGUCAACGAGGAGACCUUGUUCCAGAAGGCCACCAAAAUAGGUCGGUCCCUGGAAGGGGGCUUUAAGAUCUCCUACGAGUGGGCGGUGCGCUUCAUGCUGCGGCACCACCUCGCGCCCCACGCCCGGCGCGCUGUGGCCCACACCCUCCCCAAGGACGUGGCCGACAACGCGGAACUCUUCAUUGAGUUUGUCCAGCGGCAGAUUCACAACCAGGACUUGGCCCUGUCCAUGAUCGUGGCCGUGGACGAGAUCUCCUUGUUCCUGGACACGGAAGUGCUGAGCAGCGACGACCGUAAAGAGAACGCCCUACAGACAGUCGGCACAGGGGAGCCCUGGUGUGACGUGGUGCUGGCCAUUCUGGCAGAUGGCGCCGUGCUGCCCACGCUGGUUCUCUGCCGCGGACAAAUGGAGAGGCCCACCGACAUGCCGGAGUCCAUCUUGCUGGAGGCCAAGGAGACUGGCUACAGCGACGACGAGAUCAUGGAGCUGUGGUCCAGCCGAGUGUGGCGGAAGCACACCGCGUGCAGGCGGAGCAAAGGCAUGCUCGUGAUGGACUGUCACCGUGCCCACAUGUCGGAGGAGGUGCUGGCCCUUCUCAGCGCCUCGAGCACUUUGCCCGCGGUGGUGCCGGCGGGCUGUAGCUCCAAGAUCCAGCCCCUGGACGUCUGUAUCAAACGGACUGUCAAGAACUUCCUGCACAAAAAGUGGAAAGAACAGGCUCGGGCCAUGGCAGACACGACCUGCGAUGCCAGCCUCCUGCUGCAGCUAGUGCUGACCUGGCUGGCCGAGGUCCUGGGCGUCAUCCGGGACUGUCCGGAGCUGGUCCAGCGGUCUUUCCUCGUGGCCAGCGUGCUGCCCGGUCCCGACGGCAACGUCAGCUCGCCUUCCAGAAAUGCCGACAUGCAGGAGGAGCUCAUUUCCUCCCUGGAAGAGCAACUGAAGCUCAGCGGGGAACAGUCCGAGGAAGCCUCCGCGUCCACACCUCGCCGCAGGUCCUCUCCCGAAGAGGCGCUCGAGCCCGAGAGCCUGCACCAGCUCUUCGAGGGGGAAAGCGAGACCGAGUCGUUCUAUGGCUUCGACGAGGCCGACCUGGCGCCGAUGGAGAUUUGAGCGGCCCAGCUCGGAAGGGUCGGAAUGGGGGUGGGGAAGUACAAGAGGAGGG